AGUAGAACCAGCUCCUAUUCUUGGUGUAUCUGGUGGAAUGGGUGCUUUAUUUUUACUUUUUAAGUUGGGACAUUCUUUAGAGGAGGAAGGAGAAUUAACAAUCAAAUCCCCCGUACAUUCUAUGGACAAUUUCCAGGAAGAUUUCCAGGAUAUGAAGAGUUUUAUGAUGGAAGUUUUGGACCCGGUCCAAUUAAUAUAUCCUAUCGGGCUGAACGGGAAUAAUAUAUUAUUUCUUCAAAGUAUAUCUAUUGAAUAAGAAUAUUAUCAUAAAACAAAUAUAAAUCAUGCAUUCUGUAACUAUAUUUAAAAAAUUCAAACAUAAUAUCUCUAUUAAAUACAUAUUUUUUAAGAAAUAAAUCUAAAUAUUAUAUAGUUCUUUAUAUAAAAAUGAUCAUAAUGCAUCAUAUAUAUAUCAGAAGUAUUAUGACAAAUUCCUUAAAAGGAAAAGAAUAACAUAAAUAAAGUUUAAUUAUAAGAAGAUUGCAUUUAUUCUUGUUCAAAUGAUGCAUUACAAAACUAUUAAUAAUUCAUAUAAAAUACAUUGCAUAAUUAUUACAAUGAAAAAAGCAUAACUAUUUAUAAGUAUUUAUGUCAAUACACAUAUACUUGUAAUAUGUAAAUAUGCUAAAAUUUUCUAACAUGCAUAAUAAAAUAAUAAAAUAAUAAAUUAAUCUAAUAACAUAACUAUUUUUUUUCCUAUUAAAACAAAUGCUUACAAUUUAUGUAGUUUUAUUUUUAAGAUGAAUUAAACUACAUUACAUAUAUAAACACUUUCUACAUAAACAAGAUACAUUUAUUAAUAAAAAUGAAUUAAUCUAAUAUAUAUGU